AUGAACAUGAUGACAGUCAAGCAGGGUGUAUGGGCUGUGAUGCUCUGGCCCUAUUUGCUCACUGCGAGCAUCCCACUAGACUGCAAGGACGAGCAGGGCGGCCUCUCCCGCUGUCCCUCCAUCUCGCAAGAAAAACUUCUAGACCGAGUCAUCCAGCACGCCGAGCUCAUCUACCGCGUGUCGGAGGAGUCGUGUUCUAUGUUUGAGGAGAUGUUUGUCCCAUUUCCACUGCGGCUCCAGAGGAACCAGGCUGGCUAUGCAUGCAUCACCAAAGCCUUACCCAUCCCAAGCUCCAGAAGUGAAAUCCAACAGAUAUCUGAUACAUGGCUGCUCCACUCCGUGCUGAUGCUGGUCCAGUCGUGGAUCGAGCCCCUGGUCUACCUGCAGACCACAUUAGAUCGCUACGACAACGCUUCAGAAAUGCUCCUCAACAAGACCAAGUGGGUGUCUGACAAACUGAUCAGUCUGGAGCAAGGGGUUGUGGUGCUUAUCAGGAAGAUGUUGGACGAGGGAAUGUUGACUGCAACCUACAACGAACAAGGCCUGUUCCAGUAUGAUGCGCUGCCAGAUAUGCUGGAGUCGGUGAUGAGAGACUAUACCCUGCUCAGCUGCUUCAAGAAAGACGCCCAUAAGAUGGAGAUCUUCCUCAAGCUCCUCAAGUGUCGACAAACUGACAAAUACAACUGUGCAUAA